GGCGUUAUCUCGGAUUUAUUUAUGAAAAUUUCUGAUAAAUAAUUAGUAAAUAUGAAUUACACGAAAGGAAAAUCAAUUAAUAUUUGAUUGAAAAAUGAAUUCUAGUAAAACAGUGUGAUAAAACGGUGAAUUAUAGUUAAGUUAAUCGUAUUGUAAAGUAGCUUAUACGUAAAUGAGUCUAGUCAUAGAAACGCUAAAUAUCUAAGGAAAAUGGCUGCUGGUACGAAUCUUGUUGUACCGGUGGUUCUUUGGGGUAAGAACCCACCAACACAUUGCAUUUCGUGUAUUUUCUUAUCCGAUGAUCAAAAAACAUUGGUGUCUGGUUGCUACGAUGGACAAAUUUGUAUAUGGCACGUGGAUCCGAAUACCUUAAAAAUGGUACCGAGGUGUUUGAUGGUUGGUCACACAGCUCCAAUAUUAUGUCUCGCUAAUGGCAGCAUCGUCAUGAACAAUAACUAUAUCGUUAGUUCAUCGGAAAAUGGGGAAAUGUGUUUGUGGGAUUUGGUGGACGGAAAAUGCAGAGAAGUUACCAAGUUACCGUACGUCCACACGAACAUCCAAUCGUACCAGAUGAGCGGUUCGGAAGACGUAAAGUUAUUCUGUAACGGUUACUACGCUGAGAUCUUUAUCAUGGAUCCGUUCAGUUUGGAAGUGAUAUGUUCGUUAUCAUCGAGGGAGAAAUCUGACUGGAUCAGUGCUCUUUAUGUACUUCGUCCUGCCAAAAGAAAAGAGGACGUUGUAUUAGGAUUAACUGUGCAAGGCACCGUCAAAGUUUGGACCCUGGAGUCACUAAACGAGCCUAUAUACGAAAACGAAAGUAAAAUAAUACGCUGCCUAAACGCCAUAUCGAUGGUUUGCUGUAACCAGCAUCAAAGAACCGUCAUAAUAGUCUGUUCAAAGUAUUGGCAGAUCUACGAUGCCGGAGAUUUCUCAUUACUCUGCAGCGUUGCUCCACCCUUCAGAGAACGUUGGUUCGGCGGUAAAUUCUUAUCACAGGAUCGUGUUCUAGUAUGGACAGAUGAAGGAAAAGGAUACAUGUAUUAUUUACCAGCCAACAAGCUUAUCAGGAGAUCAUUAAGUAAAGGUUGCAUUCCAGACAAUAAAGAUUUUCAUAAGAAGGCCGACGCCGAAGAUACGCCAUUUUUGUAUUGUACCUUAGCCGAUGCUAACGCUGAAAAGCAACCAUUGGCAUGCCCUCCAGCCAUGAGAUACUACCAAUCUUCAACGCUGGGCAAAAUAUUACUUCGAGGUGACUCGGAAGGAGCUGUGAAAGCUUGGAUUGUGCCAGAUUUCUCCAUCGAGGAGAUCGUAUCGAUGAAAACGAAACCGAAUUUUAAACCAGAUUGCAUUCAACCAUUCAUCAGUACUAGUGUAACGAAAGCGUGGAAAGCCAUCAAACCCCCUCCAGUCGGCAUUUUAGAUCAAUUAGACGUAAAUGAUCAACCAAUCAUCAAACUAACCGCCAGUAUUUAUUUACCAAUGCAAAGCAGACUAGUCGUCGGUCGAGAAGACGGUUCUAUAAUCAUUAUACCGGCGACUCAAACCGUCAUGCUGCAAUUACUUCACGGAAGUCAUCAGCAGUAUGUCGAUUGGCCACCGCAUCAAAGGCUUCUCGGACACGUCGGCAGAGUGAACUGUCUGCUUUAUCCGAAUCACAUACACGAUCGUUACGAUAAGAGCCAUCUUCUUUCGGGCGGUAUCGAUUUCGCCGUUUGCCUAUGGGAUCUUUACACCGGUUCCUUGCUUCAUAGAUUUUGCGUUCACGCCGGUGAAAUUACCCAGCUUCUAGUUCCUCCGAAUAACACCAGUGCCAGAGUACAACGAUGCAUUUGUUCGGUAGCCAGCGACCAUUCGGUUACCUUGUUGAGUCUGUCGGAGCGUAAAUGCGUGGUUUUGGCGUCUCGUCAUCUGUUCCCGGUGGUUACGAUUAAAUGGAGGCCUUUGGAUGAUUUCAUGAUCGUCGGGUGUUCCGACGGUACAGUUUAUGUCUGGCAAAUGGAGACAGGACACCUAGAUCGAGUUCUGCAUGGAAUCGGUGCUGAGGAAGUUUUGUACGCGUGUGAUGAAACGACCAGCAGCUCUAGUACCAGCGAAUCGGGACUAGCCAAUCCGGCGGUGCAUUUUUUCAGAGGACUUAGGUCUAGAAACAUUAGUGCCAUACGUCACGCCACUCAGCGAGGCAUUCACCAACUGCAACAACUCCACCAUGGUAAAAAUCAAGACGAAAAUGAACACCAACGCAGCAGAGCUUUCCCUUUGAUGAUCCAAGGACUGAGGACGAACCCCAAAGACCCGGAAAGUCAUAUUUUAUGUUUCGACAUCGAAGCAUUGAUCGUUCAACUUUUAAGCGAAGAGUACGGCGCUAUGUCACCGGGAACUUUAGAAGCACAUGGUUUAAUAAACACCACCGAGUAUGCUAAAGUAGUAGCUCUAACAAGAUCCGCAUCUCCUGAUGCGCACAAAAAAAUCGCAGACUUUUUUGGAAGAGUCAAAGAUAAAGCCGGUGAUAUGGAGCGAAUUUUGAAAGAAAAAGAUAAACAUGGUAUCAUCUCGAAAGUGAAAGAAGGAGCCGAAACCGUCCAGACGAGGAUACAAGCGAAAGCGGAAAAUCUCGGAUUCAAGACGAUUUCAUCGGAAAAAGGAAGUGCCGCUUCAACGGUCAAUGAAAUAUGCAGAACGAAGAUAUGCGAAGCGAAUUUAACGAUGGAGAUCGCGCAAUUGUUGCUUUCGUUGUUGCAUGCGUGGGGCCUGGAUCCAGAUCUGGAUCGUUUGUGCGAGGCGAAAUUAGGCCUUUUGAAGCCCAGAAUCCCGGUAUCAUUUGGCGUCAUAUCAAAAGGAGGUUACAUGAGCUUGUUAUUACCUACUUGGCAAUUGUGUUUGGAGCAAAAACCAGUUAUUUCUGAGAAGGAUAUCUCGGCUGAUUCGAAUCUGUCGUUUGAGAUGGUGCAGAUGGAAAGAUUGACUCAGAUAUUCACGGCUCAAACUCAUUGGGAAUUGAGUACGACUCUGACGAGUAACCAUUUGCUGACGAUUAUCGCAUUGGCUAAUACUUUGAUGACCAUGAAUAACGCUUCGUUUGUCGCCGAGCAAGAACGUAAUAGGAAGCUGCAAAGGCAAAGCACAAAAUCUGGUUCGUGGAGACCGGACGAAGCAUCCGAAGAGAUUAUUACAACUCAGCAAGCUCACAUCAAACAAGGCUGGUCUUUAUUGGCCACACUGCAUUGUGUCCUGCUGCCAGAUAAAGUGGUCCAAAACGGAUCAAAAAGCUUCAAAAGACCUCAAAUCGAAAUGAUGGCUAGAAGAUGGCAGCAUCACUGUCUAGAGGUUCGUCAAGCAGCUCAGUCUUUGUUAAUGGCCGAGUUAAGACGACUCGGACCCAAAGGAAGGAAAGCUCUGGUCGACUACUGGGCUCAAUUUCUACCAGUAUCGGAGAUUCUCGAAACUCCAGCCAUGCAUAAACAUCAUUCCAGCAUAUCCAGCCAAGCCGGUAGUCCUGAUAACGAUAUGUCUCCUCCGGCCUCAGCUCCUCAGCCAGCCAUUCACGAUGAUGACGAAGAAGAAGAAGAGGACGGAAUUGAAGAACUUUGUUUGAGAAAACCAUCGUCAGCUACGGAACUUCGUCGCAAGCAAACCACAGCUGUAGUGUUGUUGGGCGUCAUAGGAGCCGAAUUUGGGCAAGAAGUUGGCACCAAUGGUACAAAGAGCGCCCCUCGGAGACCAGAGGAUCGUCGUAAGAGUUCAAUUGUCGAAGGAUUCGGUAUCGGUAAUAAUGACUUGGCUCGACUUACAAGUCUGGCUUUGACCAAUCUGCUACUAGCCCCUGCCAGUACAAAGUUACCAGCUCAUACAUCUCAGCGUAGAGCAGCAGUAGAUCUUAUCGGCAGAGGGUAUACUAUUUGGGAACCGUAUCUGGACGUUAGUAAAGUAUUAUUGGGUCUUUUGGAGUUGUGCUCGGAUGCUGAUAAACUCGUACCUAGUAUGACUUACGGAUUACCUUUGACACCGGCUGCUGAUUCGUGUCGGACUGCUCGCCAUGCUCUUACUCAGAUAGCCAGCGUUAGACCGGCAGCUUUUAUUACGACGAUGGCCAAAGAAGUGGCUCGAUAUAAUUCCAUACAACAAAAUCAACAAUCAAUGAACGCCAAUCUUGCCAAUAACGUGCUACAUCGAGCUAAACCCGAAAUUUUACGCGUUGUUGAAAUGCUCAUCACCAAAAUGAACGCCGAAGUUGUUGAUUUACUCGUCGAAGUAAUGGAUAUUAUUUUACAUUGCGUCGAUCCAGGCCAUCUAAAAGCUCGAGGAUUAUCCGAAGUAUUCCCGGCCAUUUGCGUUUUCAAUCAAGUUAGCCAUUGUCCUACAACUCGUAGGAUCGCUGUCGGUGCCAAAAGUGGUACGGUUGCUUUGUACGAGCUUCGAUCGUCCAAAAGUCAAUGCCAGAUGAUAAAUGCCCAUAAUGCUUCGGUGAACGCGUUAGCUUUCUCGUCCGAUGGUAAAACGCUAGUGUCGUAUAGUUGCGGAGAAAAUAGAUUAUGUUUUUGGCAGACAUCAACAGGUAUGUUCGGAUUAGGUAACAGUCAAACUAAAUGCAUUAAAUCAUACAGCACAUCUCCGAUCGCCGAACUGUCGCGUAGUAAUCCGUUGAAAUUAGCUAAAUUAGUAUGGAUCAAUACUCGACAAGUAUCAUUGAUGCUGGCAGACGGCUCGGAAACUAGAUUUAACAUAUAAUGUAGAAAAACACUGAAGAAAAACACGUUGAAAGAAAAAUACUCUUCGUUGAACGCGUAACAGAAACAUUCCUACAAUUAACACUAUAUCGAUCUGAGUAUCGUCCAAGGAGGGGAGCCCUGAAGAGAGCAGAAAUUGUUGUUUAUUUACCAAAUAUUCGCUUUAAUUUAUUCAUGUACCUGUAUUACUUACACGGUUAAUUAAUAUACGAAUAUUCUGUUA